UUCUGUGUUCUAAUUUUAGCUCCUUCUUUUCUUUUCUUUUCAACCUCCUUUUACUUUUCCACAAUCUCACUUUAAUUUCAUCCUCUAAUAAUUAGUAUCACUCAAAUUCUCUCUUUCAAUUUUUCCGCUUAAUCUCAUCCCUAAUUACUUCCUAAUCAGGUACUUUGCGAAGUUUGAUUUUGAUUGAAACAGAAUUUGUUAAAAUCGCUUGUUUUUUGUUCUUCUAUAUACCGUUUCCUUCCACUCAUGUAUUUUCCGAACAUCAACGGUUGAAGGUGUUUUUGUUUACAAAAAGAGUCUAGCUGCUGUUAGCACUCCCGACCCCUCCUUAUAAUGGAGGAUGUUCAAGACAAGUUGCCCUCUGACUCCUCUACAAAAAUUGCUGAAGAGACCCCACUAGCAGAACAUGUUGAAGACAUGUUACCCUCUGAAUCCUCUUCAAAAGUUACUCAAGAGACACAUAUGGCCGAACACGUUGAAGACAAGCUACCCUCUGAAUCCUCUUCAAAAGUUACACAAGAGACACAUAUGGCCGAACACGUUGAAGACAAGCUACCCUCUGAAUCCUCUUCAAAAGUUACUGAAGAGACACAUAUGGCCGAACACGUUGAAGACAAGCUACCCUCUGAAUCCUCUUCAAAAAUUUCUGAAGAGACGCCACUGGCAGAACAUGUUGAAGACAAUCUACACUCUGAGUGCUCUACAAAAGUUACUGAGACACAAUUGAUGGAACCCUCUGAAGAAAAUACCGAAGUGGUAAACCCACUACAUAAUCAAUCUUCCUCAGAACUUCCAAUUCCACUUAGUAAUGGAGAAUUGGAGUCUGGCUCUCACUUGACAGUAAAUGAGCUCCCUGAAUUAUCAUUGUUGCCAAAUGUUUCUAAUGGUCAAACUAUAAUACAAGAUGAGGAUGUUUCUGUAGAUAAUUCAGCUUCAGUUCCAAAUGAUACAGUGGAUGCAGCAGAAACAAGUGACCUGCUAAAUUUGGUUGAAGAUUCUAAACCAGGUGCUACAGAAGAUAUCUCUGACCAGCAUGAAUUGCAGGUUGAUGUUACUAAUGUCGCUGCAGAUAAUGAGAUUAGACUUUCAGCUUCCUCUUCUGAAACAAAAGAUUUGUUAAAUGAUCUUAAUGAAGUAAAGAUGUCUUCUGGAGCAGUUGACUCACCCCCCCAAAUCAAGCAGGUUGAUGUAAAAAGAGGCCUUAUUGAUACCACACCUCCAUUUGAAUCUGUCAAGGAAGCUGUUUCUAAGUUUGGAGGAAUUGUGGAUUGGAAGGCUCAUCGAAUCCAGACUGUGGAGAGGCGCAAUCUAGUAGAACAGGAACUUGAUAAAGCAAAUGAGGAGAUACCAGAAUACAGAAAACAAGCAGAGACGGCUGAACAGACGAAAAAUCAAGUACUAAAGGAGCUGGACAGCACAAAGAGACUUAUAGAAGAGUUAAAGCUUAACCUAGAGAGAGCACAAACUGAAGAGCAACAGGCAAGACAGGACUCGGAACUUGCAAAGCUCAGAGUGGAAGAGAUGGAGCAAGGUAUUGCAGACGAAUCUAGCGUUGCAGCCAAGGCACAACUGGAAGUUGCUAAAGCUAGGUAUACGGCAGCUAUUACAGAUUUAGCAGCUGUGAAAGAAGAGCUGGAUGCAUUGCGUAAGGAAUAUGCUUCCUUAGUGACUGAUAGAGAUGAAGCUAUUAAGAAAGCCGAGGAGGCAGUUACAGCAUCCAAGGAAGUAGAGAAGUCAGUGGAAGAUUUAACUAUUGAACUAAUAGCCACAAAAGAGUCAUUAGAGACUGCUCAUGCUGCACACUUGGAAGCAGAGGAACAAAGAAUAGGAACAGUCAUGGCAAGAGAUCAAGAUUCACUCAAUUGGGAGAAGGAACUUAAACAGGCAGAAGAAGAGCUCCAGAGAAUCAAUGAGCAAAUGUUGUCUGCAAAGGAUCUCAAAUCUAAACUGGAAGCAGCCUCUGGUUUGCUGCUUGAUUUGAAAGCUAAAUUAACUGUUUAUAUGGAAUCAAAGUUAAAGCAAGAAGGUGAUGAUGAACUCUCACAAGGAGGCCAAGAAGAACCAGAAAAGAAGACACACACAGAUAUACAAGCAGCCGUGGAAUCAGCCAGAAAGGAACUUGAGGAGGUAAAACUUAACAUAGAGAAAGCAAAUGCUGAGGUUAGUUGCUUGAAGCUAGCUGCUACAUCUUUAAAAUCAGAACUGGAACAAGAAAAAUCAUCUCUUGCCUCGAUUAGGCAAAGAGAGGGAAUGGCCUCCAUUGCAGUUGCAUCUCUAGAAGCUGAAUUGGACAAGACUAGAUCAGAAAUAGCUUUGGUUCAAAUGAAGGAGAAAGAAGCCAAAGAACAAAUGACCGAACUUCCAAAGAAGCUGCAACUAACAGCUGAAGAGGCUAAUCAGGCCAACUUGCUUGCUCAAGCAGCUCGUGAAGAACUGCAGAAAGUAAAGGCAGAAGCAGAACAAGCCAAGGCUGGAGUAAGUACCUUGGAAAGCAGGUUACUUGCAGCUCAAAAGGAGAUAGAGGCUGCAAAGGCUUCUGAGAAGUUGGCAAUAGCAGCAAUUAAAGCAUUGCAAGAGAGUGAAGCAAAUAGAAGCAAAAAUGAAGUGGACCCUUCCAGCGGGGUUACACUUUCUUUGGAUGAGUACUAUGAGCUGAGCAAACGAGCUCACGAGGCAGAAGAGCGAGCCAAUACAAGGAUUGAAGCUGCUAAUUCUGAAGUUGAGGUAGCUAAGGAGUCUGAAUUGAAAUCCUUCGAGAAGUUGGAUGAAGUGAAUAGAGAGAUAGCUGCUAGAAGGGAAUCCUUGAAGAUGGCAAUGGAAAAAGCUGAGAAGGCAAAGGAAGGUAAAUUAGGUGUAGAACAAGAACUUAGAAGGUGGAGAGCUGAAAAUGAGCAACGGAGAAAGGCUGGUGAGUCUGGCCAAGGUGUGCUUAACCAGAAUAAAAGCCCUAGGGCUAGUUUUGAGGGGAGUAAGGAAGCAAAUAAUUUUGACCGGUCCCAGUAUGCAACUAAUCCUGCACAAUAUUUGUCAAGUCCGAAGACUUAUAUGCAUGCAGAAAAGGAUGAAGGUGGAUCAUCACCGGAAUCAAAACAUGGCAAAAAGAAGAAGAAAUCGCUGUUCCCACGGGUUAUGAUGUUCUUUGCUAGAAGAAAAACACAUUCAAACAAGUCAGGGUAAUCCCAAAUUGAAAUUAUGUGCGUUGUUAUGCUGCAGUUAUCUUGCCUCUCUUCCUUUUGGAGAUCUGAGUGACUCAAUGCUGGAUUACCAAAAGCUGUACUGAGCCAGUACACGGUGAUCGAUUUGUGUAUGGUUUGACUGAUUGGAUUAUACUCUCACUUGAUGGAUGGUAUACGGUUUCCUGCUCAGUGUUUUGUGAGAACUUAAAAAAUAAGUUCGUCUAUGUUGGGAAAUGAGAAAAUAAGAUGAUUUUAUAUUGUGUAUAGUCUUCAGAUAUAUUGAACCUCGGCUUCUGUAAAGAUUUGUUUUGAGAUGCGAUUGAAUGAAAGAAAAAAAAUUCCAAGUUUGUGAUUUGAAGCACUUUGAAUGGCAUGGUAUGUGCCCCAUUCACAAUUCACUAGUUGUGGACCUUCUGAUGUAUGGAAUAUACAUAAAGGCUGAAGUCAUGGAUCUCUUUUGAUAAUUUUUAAAGCUGUUUUCUGGAAGGUUCCUGUUUUGGAUAAUUUGAUGAUACUGCUUUGAUGAGUUUUCAAUGACAGAUUUAUCCGUUAUUCUGUUUGAA